AUGUCGACCCGCCGUCCACUCGCAAACGUGCCGAAUGCCACCAAUUCCCCUCACAGGGUAGGCCUCGUGCCUGCCAAACGCCCCCGGACGACCAAUGCCCAGGUGGACAUCCCUUACGGCCAGCCCCCUCCGAAGAAACAAGUCGUGGACGUGUCGGGAGCAGAGAACCAAGUCACGGGCCCGACCAAGUUUUCCACCCUCCAAGGAACCGAUUCGAAACUGUUCACCCGCAAGACGAACAAUGCUCAGCCGAGUGCGUUUGAGAAGAAGUUGGUGGCUGCUAGGGACAAGGAGCGGCAGCCUCAGAAGGCUACGAAGCAGGAGAAACCGUCUGCGGAAAAUAUUUCGAUCAGACAGUGGCAGAGGCACUACCGGAAGGCCUUUCCUCACUUCGUCUUUUACUUUGAUGCUGUCCCAAUUGAUGUUCGCGGCAAGUGCUCGCGGCAGGUCAUUGCUCUGGGAGCGCGAGAAGAAAAGUUUUUCUCGCGUCUAGUGACCCACGUUGUUACCUCCCGACCCAUCCCUCCCGAAGUGGACAGACGAGCACCUACAGAGAGCACCCAUGAUACACCGAACGAGCCGACGGCAGAUGGCGCUAUGUUGCAAACGGUCAAUCCCGCGGAACUGGAGAUGCACUUGCAUUUAGCAGUGUGCCCCAAGCGGGAGCAGAGCCAAGAUGUCCUUCAUCGAGCCCGGGAAAUGGGUAUGAAGAUCUGGGCUGUGGAGAAGUUGCAGCGAAUGAUAGCCACCAUCAACGACACCGAUCUUGCUAAUGGUGGUGGUUAUUCUGCACGGAACAAUGCCGCCGGAACCCAGACAAAAUCUAGAGGGAAGGACGAUCUUUCACAAGUCCUUCAGAACGAGCUCAAUGGCCCGACUGACCGCAGCCACCUAUCCGUGCUCAAAGAUCUGGUACUAUUCAAGGGCCCAUUUAUAUACGUGCACGAUAUGGAUGAAAAGACACGGCCCGUUAUGGUUCGAGAAUUUCCCAAGGUCGCCAAGAGGCAAGACGGUAUUUGGCCGCAAUUCAGAAGUGCCCCACUCGGAAAAUGCCCGUUCAUCGAGGAUGUCCCAUCCAAGCGCGACAUUGAGCGACGGGCUCGCCAGGAGAAAGAGAAGAAGGAAUUUAUUAAGCCUGCGGUACCGCAACCGAGACACGCUGCAGUGGAAUCUCGAAACGAAAAGGAAAACGUGCCACUCAAAAAAGAAACGAGUCCCGCCGAGGAAGACGAGCCUGCCCCGCCAUGUAUCAAGGAAGAGUCUCCGGAUGCUCCUCAAGAGCUACCAAUGUCUCCUAAGAAGAGCUCGGAGAGCUUUGUUCCGCCUCAACUCAACCGCAAAGGGCCCUUCUACCAUGGCCGUGAACCAGCCGCUUCAGGCGUACAGCCUUCAAACAUCACAUCUGCCAUUCGUUCCCAGAUGGUGUCCUCGACGGCUGCUGCGCCCGGUGCCAAAGCUGGUCUGAGCAAAGAAGUCCACGAAUUAAAGCGCAAGGUGCUCGAGAAGAGUCACGUGGGUUACUCGACCAACCUCGCACAGCCCUACCGGACCCUGGACACGGCCACUGCCGUCAAGACAGACAAGGCCAACGGCAGCAAGCCGCUCGUGAACAUGGAAGAGGGAACACAGUCAGAAGGAACUGACUUGCAGAAGUCUCGAAUCAUCCUUCGUAGGAGCGGCGAGCAGAGGAAGAAAGAAAGACGGAGGGAUCCAAAGCCAGGUUACUGCGAGAACUGCAGGGAUAAGUUUGACGACUUCGAUGAGCAUGUAAUGACGAGAAAACACCGCAAGUUCGCGGCGAACAGUGCAAACUGGGCCGAGCUGGACUCAUUAUUGUUUCAGCUUGAACGACCCCUCAAGGAAGAGUACGAUUUCGAUUCUAACUAG